AUGGCUUCCACUGCUCUGCUACUGUUUGGUGCAGGGGCUGCCAGUCAUUUGGCUUACUUCCGCAAUGGCGAACACCACAUGCACUCAGUACGAUACAUUCAAGCCUUUACCGCCGUCUUCAUUGCGAGCACUCUAGGACUCGUCAAUUACAACGGCGAUACUGUCUCCUCCGCCAUCACCACGACCACGUUCAUGUCAUGCACCUGGCUCGCAGGCGUAUACUCCAGCCCACUGAUCUACCGAUGCUUCUUCCACCCACUCAACAAGUUCCCUGGACCAUUUCCCGCCCGCCUUGGCUCUCUCUGGCUGACCUCGCAGCUCACAGACUGGAAAGGGUACAAGCUCUUCCAGAAGAUGCACAAACAGAACGGCCGCUACGUGAGAGUGGGACCAAAUACUCUCUCCAUCACCGACCCAGACAUCAUGCAGCCAGCGUACAGUGCCGGCUCCAAAGUCAUCAAAGGCGACUGGUACGAUGCAUCAUAUCCGAGAACCAGCAUGCACACGAGCCGAAGCAAGCCAUUGCACGAUCGCAGACGACGAGUCUGGGCUCCUGCAUUCAGCGACAAGGCUAUGCGAGAAUACGAAACUGUGGUGUACGAUUUCAACAACAAGCUCGUAGAGAAGUUCGACGAACAUGUCGGCGAGCCCGUCAAUGUCUCGACCUGGUUCAAUCUGUACUCAUUCGACAUCAUGGGACGCUUGGCUUUCGGCAAGGACUAUGGCAUGGUGGAAGGCGGCAAACGUCACUGGGCACUCGAUCUGCUCGUCGAGGGUAUGGAGCUGACUGGCUUGCGCAUGCCAGUCUGGUUGAUUAGGAUACUGAUGGCCAUUCCGGGCUUGACCAAGGGCUACUGGGACUUCAUCAAAUUCUGCCAGGACGAGGUGACGUGGAGAGUGCACAACGGGAAGGCCGACUCGAACGACAUUAUCGGCUGGCUGCUCAAAGCGUAUGCGGGCGAGAAGAACCCGGAUAAAGAUCCAAUGUUGGUUGCCGACACCCAGCUUAUCAUCGUAGCUGGCAGCGACACAACGUCUGCGACCUUGACGUUCCUUUUCUACUACCUCGCUGCGGAUCCGAGCCAACAGGAGAAACUUCGAGAGGAGUUGAAGCCGCUCAUCAACAGCGAAAAGUGGUCUGACAAAGACAUCCAGAAUGCCCAACAUUUGAAUGGCGCGAUCGACGAAGCACUACGACUUCACCCUCCUGUUCCCUCUGGGCUCAUGAGACAAACGCCCGCAGAGGGGGUACAGAUCGGCGAGGUGUUCAUUCCUGGAAAAGUUGACUUCUUCACUCCGCUUUAUCCGAUGGGUCGAGACGAGACUAUUUACGAGGACGCCGAGUCCUUCGUACCAGAGCGGUGGUACUCCCGGUCAGAGAUGGUCAAGCACCCCGACGCCUUCGCACCAUUCUCCAUGGGACCGUUCAAUUGUAUUGGCAAGAAUCUCGCUCGAAUGGAGUUGCGGACUCUGACUGCUACGAUCCUGCUCAAAUACAACGUAGCCUUUGCUCCAGGCGAAGACGGCACGAUGCUGAAGGACAAGCUGCGAGAUCAUUUCGUAGUGUCGCCGGGGGAAUUGAAUCUUGUAUUCACUCCGAUCGCGACCUGA